AUACUAUAUUUAAAAAAAAAACUGGCUAAAUGCAUGCUUUCUUAAAUUUAGAAAAUGUUUCCGAGUUCUGAAAAUGAUUUUGAGCUCGUGGGAUUUGCUUUUGCAACUUCUGUGUCUGUGUUUUUAUAAUCUGUUUGGUUCGCUUCACAUUUUGAGCAUGUUUUGUUAUGCAUAUACCAACAAGAAAACAGGAAGAGCAGUGUAAAAGUAGAUAAACUGUAGCUGAUAAGAUGAGUAAAAGAAGGUCGGCUCAAGAAUGUGAAAUUUAGUUGAUUUAACGACCCAGUUCUUGAAAUCUGUUCUUAUGUGAAAAAAAAAAAUUAUUGGACUUGUAGAAUGAGGAGUUGCAUAGUAGCAUGGUGGGAUUUUUCUUUUUUUCAGAGAAUUUGGAUCACAACCUGGUGAAUUGUGCAAGAGGAAGUGUGGUCUUUUUUUGGAUUUCUUGGUGAUUUGGUGGGGAUGUGAAGAAGUAAAUGCAUGUCUUUGAUGGUUCUGUUCUGUGGGUUUGUUUUUGGAAAAGUUCAUACUUUGCAACAGAUCUGAGUUUGUGUUGACUUUGUUGACUGUAGAGAAUAAAAUUUUGUCAUAAAUUUAGAUUAAAAGAACAUUUUUUUUGUUGAUCACGGCACUAGUGCUCUAAUGAUGUCUGACAAAAAAAUGAUUGCUGGGAGACUUUUAUUUUUCUUGUUUUAUAGCUCACAUGCCUUUUGGUUUAUUUAUUACUUUACAUGUUAUGUGUCUGAAAGGAAGCUCGUGCUAGAAAGAAAGAUUAAGGACGGACAUUAAAACUGAUAGGACCAAGUCAUCUGCUUUUCUAGUGUGGAACUUCUGUUGUCAUUAACAUAAAUGGACUCUGAAAGUUUUGGUGAUUAAUUUACCGAAGAUUUUACAUAGAUUUUCAGAAGCAAGAAGAACUAUUUUAUGCCAAGAAGUUGUUGUAGAAGCCUUGCAUCAUUCCAAAUAGCUAUAUCUUUUGAUAAAUCCCCGAAGGAACUUGUUAAAAAGGACUGGUAGUCGGCAGUUAAUGUGUUACUUCCAAAGGGAAUAAGUAUUCAGUUUAGAGCAAAUGGAGGUAAAUUCUGUAAGCUCCCACUCCAAUGAGAAGCAAUCAUCAGAGCAUUCCACAUCCACCAAUGGAGAACAUAUGAACACAGAAAAAGAGAAGAGUACAUCUGUAUUUGUUAAUCAUGCUUCAAUUGCAUGGCACGAGAACAGAAGAAAAUGGACAGGAAAUCAAUCUCGUCAGCCACAAAGAACGACCAAGGACCCAAUUAUAAGCUGGUCAACAACCUAUGAAGAUUUGCUUUCUACUCACGAGCCCUUCUCUGAGCCAAUUCCUUUAUCUGAGAUGGUAGAUUUUUUAGUUGAUAUUUGGCAUGAUGAAGGCCUAUUUGAUUAAAUAAUCAAUGACAAUGUUUUAAUUCUAGGGCAAUGGAGACUAAUAGAAGGUAAAGCAUACAGGAAUUUCUGAAUGUGCAGCCUGAUUUCUUGUAAUUGAUUCUUCCAUGUAGAAUAUGAUAAUGGACUAGUUAGGGUUUUUUUUUUUCCAGCUUAUCCUCACGGAGAUUACAGAUCCCAGAUGUAAUUUUACUUUAAUCUGUAACAAACAACUUGUGUAUUUAUUCACUAUGAAAACUAUUCUUCUUGGUAGCAUUAGCAUCAGAUACAGAAUGGUGCGCAUCUUUGGAAGUCUGGCA